AUGGGUUUAGUGUUCGGUCUCCUGUGGCUCUUCACCGGCGUCCUGCGGUGCGUGCACGGCCAGGGCGUGUACGCGCCCCCCACUGUGCGGAUCGUGCACUCCGGUCAGGCCUGUAACGUGGAGGAGGAGCGAUACAGCGAGAGAGUUUAUACCAUCAGAGAGGGAGAGACUCUGGAGCUGCAGUGUCUGGUCACCGGACACCCCCGACCCCAGAUCCGUUGGACGAAGACGGCCGGCGGUGCUUCGGACCGACAGGGCGACUCUUCGCUGCACAACGAAACUCUGAAGAUCGAAACCAUCAGCCGCCACCAGGGAGGACGUUACUACUGCAAGGCUGAGAACGGGCUGGGCUCCCCGGCCAUCCGGUCCAUCCGGGUCGACGUCUACUACCUGGAUGACCCGCUGAUCACCGUCCACCAGAGUGUGGGAGAAUCCAAGGAGCAGUUCUACUUCGAGCGGACCGUGUUCCUGCGCUGCGUCGCCAACUCCAACCCACCGGUCCACUACACCUGGAGGCGGGGCCGGGAGGUGCUGUCCCAGGGCUCCGACUCCGGCGUGGAGAUCUACGAGCCCUUCUUCACACAGGGCGAGACGAAGAUCCUGAAGCUGAAGAACUUGCGGCCGCAGGAUUACGCCGACUACACCUGCAUCUCCUCCGUCAGGAACGUCUGCGGCAUCGGAGACAAAAGCGCCAGAUUCAGUCUGAGCAACAGAACAGCUCCUCCCUCCAUCAAGCUGCUGCUGGACGACCCCCUGGUGGUGAAUCCGGGAGAAACCAUCACGCUGGUCUGCGUGGCGUCGGGCGGCGACCCCCCGCCGGUCCUCCAGUGGGUCAGGCCGGGGGGGGAGGAGCUUCCCAAGAGGAGCCUGGUGAAGGGUGGCACGCUGACCAUCCCCGCCGUCACCGUGGACGACGGCGGCGCCUACAGCUGUGUGGCGUCCAACAACGUGGGAAACCCGGCCAAGAAGUCCACCAACAUCCUGGUCCGAGGUCUCCGUAAAGGUCGCUUCUGGAUCACGCCCGACCCGUACCACAACGAUGACAACAUCCAGAUCGGCCGCGAAGUGAAGAUCAGCUGCCAGGUGGAGGCCACGCCGCCGGAGGAGCUGCAGUUCAGCUGGCUGAAGAACGGCCGGCCGCUGAGGAGCUCCGAGCGGAUGGUCAUCACCCACACCGACACCGAGGUCUCGCCUGGGACCACCAACCUCGACAUCAUCGACCUCAAGUUCACCGACUUUGGGACCUACACCUGCGUGGCGGCGCUGAGGAACGGAGGAACCCCCGAGAUCAGCAUCGACGUCAACAUCUCAUCCACCACAGUUCCUCCGGAGCUCACCGUCCCCAGGGGGCGCUCUCACCUCAUCGCUCAGGAGGGCGACACCGUGGACCUGCAGUGUCUGGUCUCAGGAAAACCCAAACCCAUCAUCCUGUGGUCGCGGGUGGAGGAGAGCGGGGGGGCGGCGGCGGCGGCGGCGCUGAUGCCCGACGGCUCGGCCCAGAUGGAGAGCUACGACGGAGUUCUGAGGAUCAGCAACGUGAGCAGAGACAUGAGCGGAACCUACCGGUGCCAGACCAGCCAGUACAACGGGUUCAACGUGAAGCCGCGAGAGGCGCUGAUCCAGCUGGUGGUGCAGUUUCCUCCAGUCGUGGAGCCGGCGUACACGGAGAUCCGCCAGGCACUCGGCCGGGCCUUCAGCCUCACCUGCCACCUGCUGCGAGCUCACCCAGCUCGCCUCCUGAGGUACGAGUGGAAGCUGGGCACUCGGCUGCUGACCGUCGGACAGUUCAGUGACCAGAAGGACGACACCAACUACCACGUCCGAGCUCUGAACCGGGAAGGAUACGGCGAGUACACCUGCGACAUCACCAACGAGGCCGGGGCAGGGCGCUGCACCUUCCUAGUCACAGGUAAAGCCUACGCUCCGGAGUUUUACUACGACACCUACAGCGCUCUGUGGCAGAACCGGCCUCGGGUUUACGGCUUCAAGCUGCAGUGGACUCAGAUGGAGCCGAACGCCGUGGACCGGAUCCUGGCCUACAGACUGGGCAUCAGGCAGAUGAGUCAGUCUCGCUGGUGGGAGCAGGAGAUCCAGAUGGAGGGAACCAUCCAGAAGGGAGAGCUGCUGACCCACAACCUGACCGAGCUGGUCAAGCCCGAGUCCUACCUGGUCCGCCUCAAACCCAUCACCCGCUACGGCGAGGGCGACGAGACCGAACGCAUCAUCACCUACAGCGCUCCUGUUAACCCACAUCUCAGGGAGUUCCAGUGUGGUUUCGAGGACGAGGCGUUGUGUUUGUUCUCUCAGGACAAGAGCGACGAGUUCGACUGGACGCGUCACAGCGCCUCCACACGGGACACCAAGUACACACCCAACACCGGGCCGAGCUCGGACCACACCGGCUCCAAGCAGGGGUUCUACAUGUACAUCGAGACGUCGAGGCCGAGGUUGGAGGGCGAUAAAGCUCGCCUGCUGUCUCCGACCUUCAACAUGAACGCCAAGAGCUCCGCCCCCUCCGUCACCUACUGCUUCUCCUUCUACUACCACAUGUAUGGGAAGCACAUAGGAGCGCUGAACGUUUUCCUGCGACAGAAAGGCCAGACGGUGACGGACACCUCGGUCUGGAGUCUGACCGGUAACCAAGGAGACCGCUGGAGGCAAGCCAAGGUCAACAUCCAGCCAACCGCAGCCUUCCAGAUGGUGAUGGAGGGCGUCCGAGGCGCCGGGAUCGAAGGAGACAUCGCCGUUGACGACGUCACCAUCGAGGAGGGGAAAUGUAAAGACCCGCCCUCCAACAAUCUGAGGUCGCUCGCCCCGCCCUCGUCGCCCCAUAUAUGGCAGCUCUGCAUCAUUCUGAGUCUGGCUCUGAUUGGCCGGCAGAGGUGA